AUGGAUUUAGUAGCUUCAUCACUUCUGUAUCCAAAAACACCCCAUUGGAACUUAAAAAGCAGUAAAGCUUUUGAGUGGGUACAAAAUGUUGAGAAUACUCGGUCUCUGCAAGCUGAACAAAUUUUUGCAAAUAUAUCGUUGAAGCCAUCAUUUUACUCUUUUCCACCUGCAUGGUUUCAAGUAAUCUGUCUACUACCGUUAAUAACUAUCAUACCCGAUUCUAUUGGAUCAUAUGAUGCUGAGGAGCAUAAUGAAGAAUGGCAAUCCAUGCUGCAGUUUGACUGUCGAGGCUUGGAACCGUUUGACUUUGAACCUCGAAACGGAUGGACCGCAGUAGGCAUCGAGUCGGGCACCGCAUGGGCUGAUUACGAUGAAAAAGCAGGUGAAGCGACGGAGAUCAGCGACAUUGAAGUUCGAUUUGUUCACGCAAAAACCAAGAAGUGA